UAGUGUUCACGCCCGUACCUGAAGCUCAAGACACCUGUCAGACACAAGAACUCAAACAGAUACGUACACACACCUACUUUUCAGCUGGCACACUGAGCAGGACAAUACGCUGCUAGGAGCCCAUCUGGAUAAUAAAGUGAGACAGUGUGUCGUGCACAUUUUUCAGGCGGCCUGAUAAGAACCAGUGAAAACCUCAAGAGAAAACCUCUGGGAGAAGCAUGUCAACGGAGGAGGAAAAAGCAACUGUGUUUCGUACCACCAAAGUCAGGACCAAGCUGAAGGAUGAUGGCAGCUGGAUGAACCAGAGCAGUGAAACUGAGGUUCAACCUGAAGAAGAGAAGCCAUGGAUGGCAGAAUUAAGGGCCAGACGUCAGAAUGGAGCACCAACCAGUCCAGUGUCUUCACCCACUUCCACUGCACCAAUCAAGUCUGACAGUGAAAAAUCACCAACUUCAGGAUUCAUGAUCAGGGGUGUUUUCACCAAGCCUGCUUCCUCUUCUACAAGUACUUCCAAUGGCAUUAGUGGGACAUCAAAACUCACCAAAAGACAUUCAGAGGGCUACAAGAAAAUCGCUCCACACACGGUGAAGCCCGCUGAUGAGAACGAGGACAGCAAGAUUAGCAAUGAGGAGCAGAUGAAACGCACGGCAGCAGCCAGCAAAGUCCUGAACAAAUCUGCAGCCAGACAACGGUCUUAUGUGCUCUCUGCCGCUCAGAAAUUUGAGGCGGCGAUAGCAGAUGAUGCCUCAGUCCACGCUGUGCUCCCCUCCCCUGUCAUCCCCAUCACAUCUGUCGCUUCUGUACCAGAACCACCCAAAACACAAAACAAAGUCGACUCAAGUGUCAAGACAUCUGUUGCCACUGUUAAUGAGCCUCCAAAGGUGGAGGUGGCCCGCCCUGAGCCUGUGAAAGAAGACCCCCCUGCGGUGUCCGCUCCGGACAAGGACUCGUUUGAAGAGGUGGCCGUUCCCCUCCCCGAACUCAUCGCUGAUUAUCUUCACGUUGUUUCCACCCAUUCCGAACAUGAUGAUUCAGAAGCUGCUGACACUCAUCUUGUCCCAAUUCAUGAAGAACCAGAAGUUUCUGAAAGUUCAAGCUCCAGAGUUGAAACGCUCACUGCCUUGUAUGAAAACCUCAUUCCAUCAGACUCAAACUCAACCAGCUUCAAGGAUGGCGAGCCAGGGCUGGCAAAGGAAGAGGAAGGCUCAGCGGACACUGGCUCAGAGGACGGAAAGGAACAGGAUCCAACUCCAGCACUCAGCAACCAUGAAGCAAGAACAGAGGAUCUCGAUCACUUGAAUCUCAUUUCUGGUCGAGAUGAACCUGAACUGCUUGAUCUCUCCAGCCCCGUACACUGGAGCCAGGAUCUGCACACUGAAUUUGAAAGCAACACAGAGACUGUCACUAUAACCACCCAAACUGUAACCAUUACUCAGAACAGCGAGGAGUACGACCACUUAAACUCACCUGUGACCACCACAGUAAAUGAGUUCAGCUCAGCUGAUCCAUUUGAUCCGUACCCGUUAGGGACCACAUCCCCAAACAGCUCCUCUGACCUGCUGCAGCCCCUCUCAGAUAUUUCCAUCAACAGUUCAUCACACAGUUUCAUGGAGAAGAAAGAACCAGAGAUCAAUAUAAGCAGUCAGGUCGUGGAAUCGCUUGCAGAUGAUGUCAUCCCCAUCGACACCACCGCCACAAGUCUAAGCACUCACCGGUCGUGGGCACGCACGUGGGAAACCACAACGCCUCUGCAGACCACCACAGAAGAGAGCCAAGAGGCUCCAGGUGUAGGCCAACAGGAGGAACAACAGACUCUGGUUAUGUUUGAGAGAAAGUCCAAAGAAAAUGACUCACCAUGGGACAGGUGGACGUCCCCCUCUAUGUAUACUAUCCCUAACACUACACUGGAAGAGGAGGAGGAGAGCCUAGAGGACUCGCAGAUGCACACAGUCACAACCAUCACCACCGUCAGGCAGAACUACAGCGAACAGGAGGGGCUGUCGAUGGAUCGGACCGUGCUCGUGGAGGCCCCACGCACCCCCUCACCAGAACCCGACACCAAAAAGGCUUUUGUGUACGUGAAGGAGUAUGUCGAUACCACAGAAAUGUCCUCCCAUAAUGCCACAGAUGGAAUCAAUAGCUGGUCCUCCUCUUACUCCAGCUCUCUCUCCUCCCCCUGCACAUACUGUGGGCAGCUGGUGGGCAAUGAUGCCAAGAUCACCAUCGAGCACCUUAACAUUAGCUGCCACCCGCAAUGUUUCAAGUGUGCCUCAUGCUGGAAGCCGAUGGGAGACCUCAUCUACAACAUGUUCCUGCACAAAGGCAAAGUCCACUGUGAAAGCUGCUACUCUGCAGCCUUCGAUUAAUCGCAGCGGCUCGUCAUUUGCAUUUAAAGUGAGAAGCGGCCUUCUUCCACCAAGUUUGGACUGCUUCAAUGCGAGAAGGAUGGUGGUUUAGGGUGAGCCAAGAGACUAACGAGCAAUAAAAAUAAUUACAUUCAAUUACUUUCACGCAAGACAAGAUUUUCAUUGGCAAAACAUGUUCUUUUUCCUGCUGGUGAAAGUGUAACUUAAGGAUUUGUCUGCACGUCAGAUACAAUUAAGCCCAAAUGUAUUCGUACAAUGACCACAUUUUGAGUUGACACGUGGCAAAACAAUAAGACAUUAAGGGAAAAUGCAUUUGCUAUUCCCAUUAUUGUUUGUGUCCAAUUCAAACACCCUAGAAGAUGUCAAAUGUUUAAAAAAAAAAAAAAAAGUUCAUUAGAAUGCUCUAGGAUUGUGCUUGAAGUUAAAAUAAUUUAAAAAAAGCCAUCUUCUCAAAACUUGGUCGUGCAUUUAUAAUUUUGGGCUUAACUGAAAAUCUGUAUGAAUAAUACUGCCAUUACGGGGUAUAAUAUAUUUAUAUUGACUUUGCUUAAAUAUGACUUCUUACAAAAUAUUCUAAAUACAUGUCUGUUCACUGGUUUACUGAUACUUGUUCAAAAAAUAAAACAUUUAUACAGGUAUAAAAACA